UAAUUUUAUCAUCAUUCCAUGGAAAAAUCACAAGGGUUGAGCAGUUUGAGUGGCACAGAAUUUGUCAAGUCCGAUACCAGAGAUUAUGAGGAUGUUAUAAUCGAUUGCAGUAAAGAGGAUGCUGCGGCGCCCACGGCGGAUCAGCCGCCGGCGACGCCCAAGACCAAGAGGGUCGCCACCUUGGAUGCUUUCAGAGGCCUUACUAUAGUGUUAAUGGUACUGGUAGAUGAUGCCGGCGGAGCAUAUUCACGAAUCGACCACUCGCCGUGGAACGGCUUCACCUUGGCCGACUUCGUAAUGCCAUUUUUCCUCUUCAUAGUGGGAGUCGCCAUUGCCCUCGCUCUCAAGAAAGUUCCCAAUAUCAAACAAGCCGCCAAGAAGAUAACUCCAAGAACUUUGAAGCUUCUGUUUUGGGGGCUUCUUCUGCAGGGUGGAUACUCCCACGCUCCUGAUGAACUCCAAUAUGGUGUUGACAUGAAGCACAUUCGAUGGUGUGGCAUUCUCCAAAGGAUAGCUUUGGUUUACUUUGUAGUAGCCAUGAUUGAAGCUUUCACCACCAUAGGAAGACCCAGAAUAAUCCUAGACCAUGGCCAUGUCUCCAUUUUUACAGCUUAUCGCUGGCAAUGGAUCGGAGGAUUUGCAGCAAUGGUUAUAUACAUAAUUACAACUUAUGCACUGUACGUUCCAGAUUGGAGUUUCUCAGUGCUGGACAAUGACCAGCUGCAGCACUACACAGUGGUAUGUGGGGUGAGAGGCCACUUGGGCCCUGCCUGCAAUGCCGUCGGCCAUGUCGAUCGCCGAGUUUGGGGCAUUAACCAUCUCUACAACUAUCCUGUUUGGCGCCGCCUCAAGGAUUGCACGUUUAGCUCACCGGAUGAUGGCCCUCUUCGAGACGAUGCGCCGAGUUGGUGUCUGGCUCCGUUCGAGCCUGAGGGCUUGUUGAGUUCAGUUUCAGCCAUUCUUUCUGGCACCAUUGGCAUCCAUUAUGGCCAUGUUCUGGUUCAUUUCAAGGCUCACUCUCAACGGCUCAAGCAAUGGGUGGGAAUGGGAUUUGGCUGCUUUGUCAUUGGCAUCAUCCUUCAUUUUACAAACGCCAUUCCUAUAAACAAACAGCUCUACAGUCUUAGCUAUGUCUGCUUCACAGCAGGAGCAGCUGGGAUAGUUUUCUCAGGUUUCUACAUUCUGAUCGACGUUUGGGGGUUCCGAAAGCCAUUCUUAUUCCUUGAAUGGAUUGGAAUGAAUGCAAUGCUGGUGUUUGUCAUGGCAGCUCAGGGCAUCUUUGCAGCUUUUAUCAAUGGAUGGUACUAUAAAGAUCCCGAGAACAGCCUAGUUCAUUGGAUUCAGAAGCAUGUGUUCAUCAAUGUUUGGCAUUCAAGAAAGCUGGGAACUCUUUUAUAUGUGAUAUUUGCUGAGAUAGCAUUUUGGGCAAUAGUUGCAGGGAUUUUGCACAAGUUGGGAGUGUACUGGAAACUGUAAGGAGAAAUUAUGGGAAAAGCAACACAUUUCUGUCCUUAAUCUUCUUUCACCUGCUGGUUGUUGGUUUAAAUAGUCUCUUUGAGCUUCUGUAUAACAUUUCUACAAGCACUAGAACUUUUGUAUAAUAGUAAUGCAUUUAUCAAUGAAAAACCUGUGUAAUCU